GCAGCUGCACCGUUGCACACAUUCUGCCUGAACCGAAACUUGAGUUGGCUGGUUAGCUAGUCGUUUUUAAUUUUUCCAUUCACGUUUUGGCGCAGAUUCACUUCUUCUCUUCUACAUUGCAGCGAGUGCUUUCAUUGCUGUUGCCAUUUCGUGACGGUAGAUUUUUUCCUGGCCGGUUUCAUUGUGUCUCAGUGCUUUAGGGAAGAUUUUUUCCUAAUUAUCCGAAAGCUCAGGUUCACCUGACAACAAACCGGUUGUUUUCAGGUUCACACCCCAGCCAACGGACUACCUGAACUGGUGGAAAAAUUAGAAGGGUGAGAGGGAUAAAAUACAUCGUUUUGUAAAGAAAAACUUCAAUAUAAAGAAAGACACGGUAGUUUUCAAGGAUUGGGAAAAUGUUUACGACUCUGCUGUUGCUGCUACUGGUUGGGAUGAUCAGCUGUGACGGACCAAGGCGAGACGCUGAAUAUCCACCGCCGGAAAUUCUAGAGAAAAUGAAACCCAUGCACGAUGAGUGUGUUGCCGAAACAGGUGCAUCGGAAGAUGCCAUCAAGCGUUUCAGUGAUGAGGAAGUACACGAAGAUGAUAAUCUCAAAUGCUACAUGAAUUGCCUGUUUCACAAAGCCGGAGUGGUUGACGAUAAAGGCGAAUUCCACUAUGUGAAGAUUCAGGACUUUUUGCCUGAGUCGAUGCACCUGAUUACGCUCAAUUGGUUUAAGCGGUGUCUCUACCCUCAAGGGGAGAAUCUAUGCGAGAAGGCAUUCUGGCUCAACAAAUGCUGGAAGGAACGCGAUCCGGUUCACUAUUUUCUGCCAUAGCAAACAGUUUGAAUUGUAUUUAAAAUUUAAUCGAACGAUUGCCGAUUGGAUAUAAUUAUAAAAUUUCGUGAAUAUCUAAAAUGGAUUCAAUUUAAACACUAAAUCAAUACUAAGGGCAUAUUAAAUUUAUUAAUUAAUGUGAAAUGUAUGUUUUCAAAA